AUGGCACAGACCAAUGGUGAGAUGGAGCACUCAAAAGGUUUGUUGCCAAUGGGAGACAGGGAACAUCAAGCUCAUCUAUUAGCAGAAUCUCCAGAGCAAUUCACCAACGGAAAUGACCAGGAGGGUGUCCAGGAGGACGAUGGCGCUGGCGGCCUCUUCCAGAUCUCUGUGAAGCUUCCUCAUGAACCCUACAAGAUCCAGGUGAUGGUUUCCAGCCAAGAACAAGUCCAGGAUGUCCGUCAAUCCAUCGUCGAGCUGCCCGGCACAUUCCAAUACACCUGCUUCCAUCUCGAGUUCAACGGAGACCGCAUCAACGAUUUUGUCGAGCUGUCCGAGGUUCCCGGUCUGCAGGCCGACUCUGAGAUCGUCCUGGUGGAGGAUCCUUACACUGAGAAGGAUGCCCGUAUGCACGUUGUUCGCCUGCGGGAGUUGCUUGGAGCUGCCGGAGAUCGGGUCGACACCCUCAACGGUGUCAAUGCUGGUCUGUCCCUGCAUGACUCAAUUGCUGCUCAGGUUGGCGGUGAGAAAUCAGAAAAGGAGCACUCGCUCGCCAAGUAUGAGAUCUCUGGUUCUUCUUCACUGAAGACCAUUCUUCCCAGGUCGGAAGCACCCGCCCCCAAGACUGUCAAGUCCAUCUCCCUAUCUCCUUGGAACCCGCCGCCUUAUCACCUCCGCCAGAAGGGACACUUGCUCUACCUCCAGGUGACUACCAACGAGGGGGAGCAGUUCCAGGUCACCUCCCACGUUUCUGGAUUCUUCGUCAACAAGUGCUCUAACAGCAAGUUCGACCCCUUCCCCAAGACCGUCCCUAAGAAGGGCAGCGCGCAUUCGCUUCUCAACUUGAUCUCCCAGCUCUCUCCUUCAUUCGAAUCCGCUUUUAAGGAACUGCAGGAAUCGAACAACGAGAAGGACCUCUUGACUACGUUCCCCUUCCAGAACUCUAUUCCUUGCAGCCCAUGGCUCGUCGCGCCUCCGACUUCCAACGUCAACGCUCACCAGCCCGAUAUCACACGGUCUCAGGAAAACUAUCUCAUUUCUGGUGUUGACAACGCUGAGACAUUGCGAGACUGGAAUGAAGAGUUUCAAACCACCAAGGAACUGCCCCGCGAGACUGUUCAAGACCGUGUCUUCCGCGAGCGACUCACAUCCAAACUCUUUGCUGAUUACAACGAGGCUGCUGCCCGCGGCGCUGUCCUAGUUGCGCGGGGAGAAGUUGCUCCUCUCAACCCCACCGAAGCCCAGGACGCCCAGAUCUUCGUGUACAACAACAUCUUCUACUCCUUCGGUGCUGAUGGCGUUGGUACAUUUGCCUCCGAAGGCGGCGAUGAAGCUGCGCGUGUGGCCGUCGGCAAGGAUGUUCUGGGCAUCAAGGCUGUCAACCAGCUUGACAUCAACGGCCUGUUCACCCCUGGAACCAUCGUGGUUGACUACAUGGGCAAGCGCAUUGUGGGACAGAGUAUCGUUCCUGGUAUCUUCAAGCAGCGCGAACCAGGCGAGCAUCAAAUCGACUACGGCGGUGUUGAGGGCAAGGAUGUCGUCGCUACCCACCCCGAUUUUGUCUCUGUCUUUGAGAAGCUUUCCAAGGCUCUCAGGAUCAAGAAGCACGCCGUGUGGGACAAGGAUAACCAGCGCCACGAUCUGGAGGGCAGUGUGGAGACAAAGGGUCUUCUCGGUACGGACGGCCGCAAGUACGUUCUUGAUCUUUACCGCGUCACUCCGCUCGAUGUGGAAUGGAACGAGGAAGAGGGCAGCGAUGCCUACCCUCACCGCAUGUCGGUUCUGCGAUUGGAGUUGGUUGAGUCUUACUGGAGGGCCAAGAUGAGCCAGUAUGUCAAGACCGAAGUCGAGCGCCGUCGUAGCGCCAAGGCUGAGGAGGCUUCUGAGAAGGAAAAGUCUUCUGAAGCUACCGAGUCCAAGGAGGAGGGUAAGGAAGAGGGAUCUGAAGAGAAGUCCGAGGAGGCUCUGGAUCAGGAGCGUGUCGACAUCUCUGGAUUCUCCCUUGCACUCAACCCUGACGUUUUCAGCGGCCAGGUUCCUCAAACCGAUGAGGAGAAGCAGCAGUGGGCUCAGGACGAGAAGGAGGUCCGUGAUGCCUGCGACUUCCUGCGGUCUAAGGUUAUGCCAGAGUUGAUCCAGGACCUGCACGAUGGUGACGUGGGCUUCCCUAUGGACGGCCAGUCUCUUAGCCAGCUGUUGCACAAGCGUGGUAUCAACAUUCGCUACCUGGGUAAGUUGGCCAACUUGGCCAAGGAGAAGGGUUCUCGCCUCGAGGCGCUCUCCACUCUGUUGGUCCAGGAGAUGGUUGCGCGUGCCUUCAAGCACAUCGCCAACAAGCACCUUCGCAAUGUUCCUGCGCCAUUUACUGCUUCUUGCGUUGCCCACCUUCUGAACUGUCUCCUCGGUGCUGAUGUCAAUGCGGCACCCCGUGCUGAGAUCGAUUCUUCUCUCCGCGAGAUUUACCCCGAGGGCGACUUCUCUUUCGAGAAGAUCUCUCCCGAAGCUCUCCGGGCAGAGAUCGAGAAGCAGGUUACCCUGAGGUACCGCUUCACUUUGGAGUCCCAGUGGUUUAACUCUUUGCGCCACUUGCAGCUGCUUCGUGAUGUCGCUGUCAAGCUUGGUCUCCAGCUUGGUGCUCGUGACUUUGCUUUUACCAAGGCACAGGCUGAGGGUCUUAAGAAGCUCCUGCCUGUUACCAACGGUGUUAACGGCGCUGGACAGGACGAGGGCAGCAAGAAGGGGAAGAAGAAGAACAAGAACGGCGACUCUGGCUCCCCGGCUCGUGCCGCUGCUGUCGAGAAGGCGACUGUCACUUUUACCCCCGACGACAUUGUCAACAUCGUCCCAUUGGUCAAGGAUGCCUCUCCACGGAGCUCGCUUGCCGAGGAGGCUUUGGAAGCUGGACGCAUCUCCCUCAUGCAGAACCAGAAGCAGCUUGGCCAGGAACUCAUCCUCGAGUCCCUGUCUCUGCAUGAGCAGAUCUACGGUAUCCUCCACCCCGAGGUUGCCAAGCUGUACCACCAGCUGUCUAUGCUCUACUACCAAACGGACGAGAAGGACGCCGCUGUUGAGCUGGCUCGCAAGGCAGUCAUUGUCACCGAACGCACUCUUGGUGUGGACUCCGCCGACACCAUCUUGAGCUACCUCAACCUCAGUCUCUUCGAGCACGCUUCCGGAAACACCAAGGUUGCGCUUGCGUACAUCAAGCACGCCAUGGACCUGUGGAAGAUCAUCUUCGGUGCCAACCACCCUGAUUCCAUCACCACCAUGAACAACGCUGCGGUGAUGCUCCAGCACUUGAAGCAGUACACCGACUCUAGAAAAUGGUUCGAGGCUUCCCUGUCGGUCUGUGAGUCCCUCUUUGGAAAGCAGUCCAUCAACACCGCGACGAUCCUGUUCCAGCUCGCCCAAGCGUUGGCCCUUGACCAAGACUCCAAGGCUGCUGUUGGCAAAAUGCGCGAUGCGUACAACAUCUUCCUCAGCCAGCUCGGUCCCGAGGACCGCAACACCAAGGAGGCAGAGACCUGGCUUGAGCAGCUCACACAGAACGCUGUCUCCAUCGCUAAGCACGCUAAAGACAUUCAGGCCCGCCGCCUGCGUCGUAUCAACAUGGGCACCCGGACACUUGGCACACAAAUCCAACCUCAGGUUGGCCAGUCUGCAGCGGACGUCUCUGCCCCUAGCCAGGCCUCUAGAUCUGGCAUGGACUCGAGGAACAUCGAUGAGCUGUUGAAGUUCAUCGAAGGCGGGGACACCAACUCUUCAUCGAGGACCAAGCAGAAGAAGCGUGCUGCCGCCAGCAACCCUAAGCUUCGUGGAAAGAAAUCCUCCGCUUAA